AGUAAAAAUGUUUUGCAAAGUGUUGACUGCAGUCGGUAUAAUCAUUGUAUUCGUAUUCUUGUUCGGAUGUGAUGCGAAGCGCAGGUGGGAUUAUGAACCCAUUUCGGUUGAUCCUUAUACGUCGGAUCCAGAUAAACUCGAUAUUGAGUUUAAAAUUAAGAGAAGUCCCAGAGGAGAAUACUUCUUUGCUGGCUUUGUAAACUUCAAUUAUGACAUGGAUGAAACUACUAUGAUGGAGGCCACUGCAAUGCGCAGUCAAUCUGGAAACGAUGAUGACUACACACCUGUGCCCUGGAGUAUACCAAAGCAAAACUACGAGGAGUUCUUUAAAAAUUUCUACGGUGACUUGGUUUAUAAGAAUUUCGGCGAUUGCUCAAAUUUUCGAGAUCCUGCUGAUAUCCUUCCUUGGGUAAAUGGCAACUAUUCCUUCAAAGAUUGUACAGUCUCAGGAGAUGGCAUGCCUGAAAUAGCGCCCCAAGGCUAUUAUAAGAUAAAUUUCAAUGUCACUGGAGAGGUCGAGUGGGGUUUUCAGUCUGUCUGUAAGAUAUUUGACAAAUUAAUGCCCUAAACAGGUAUCAAAUUUCUAAUGUUGUAGCAGCAUAUUCUGCAUAAAUAUUUAAUUCAGUAAAAUCGACUCCUUUUGGAGCAGUAAUAAGCUUUAUUCCAUUACGUUUUAUUUCGAACGAAGUGUAAAAUAAAAAAAGAAAGAGGACUGAAUUUAUGGUUCGAAUCAGUUAAUUUUAUUAG